AUGCCAGUCGAGCAGAUAUGCCUGGCCCCUGCCAACCGGCUUUCAGCGUUCCCUUCUGUCCUUGUUUCGGAGCCAGAGCCGGGCCCAUUCUCAGCACUGUCUAAUCCACGAUCCAGCUUCAAGUUCCGCGCAAGGUCAGUUGACCCUUUAACCAACACACGAUUAAGCUCUGCUACUUGGAAGAACAGACGUCUCCGAUUCCUCCAGUCUCCAUCCACGCCAGCACCAACAUCUUCUUCUUCGUCAUGUUCUCAGUCAGCCGGCCCUCUCGAGGUGGAUUCUGCUUCUCGACAGACUUUCCCCGUUGACACUCACUCGUCGACAACUGCUCAUUCAGACAGAACCCGCUUUCCCUUUCGACUUGGCUCAGCCCGGCGUCGUCAGGUUGUCGGGUCUCUUCGUCACUCCUGUCUGGCAGUUUCCGACCAACUGGAUCCUUUCGCAGUCGAUGCAACGCGAAAC